AACAAUUAUACACAGACACCUGCAACCCCUGUUCAAGAUCGUGUCUUAUUCUUUUACACGUAGAGCCAAAGAGUUACACGCGUUGGAGAGCUACACCUUGUUCCAGAAACGUCAGCUCCUCCACCUCCCGGUUUAUUGCAUUUAACGGACUCCUGGGAAGGGUAUCUCUGAACCCAAAAAAAGAGGGAGAGUGAGAGAGAUGGCAAAGAGCAAGGAGGAUUGGAAGUACGCGGCAGCUCAAGCCAAGGUCUCUGAGGACGAAGGCCUUCGCACAGGCUAUGUGGCAGGGACGCCAUUGGAGGCCGGUAAGAUCGCCGACUCGGAGCCCGUCAAUCUCUUCCCGACGGCCUCCCCUCAGAAGCCUGAGCAGGACCGAAGCCAGCAGCUCCACCAGCCGGGCCCUCACCAUGAACAGCAACAGCACCCUUCCCAAACUUCUUAGUCUUCAGAAAACCGAUGAGGCAUAAUACUUCAGUACAUCUGCCAUUGAUCUCAUUUUUCUUUUUCUUUUCUUCUUUUACAGUUUGUAAUGACGAGCUCAGCUAGUACUCCUUUGUGGGUUAUGUGAUCAGUGGGUACUUCUGUCAA